GCCAUUGGGCUUGUCUCUUUGAUUAAUCGCGUUAAGUCCGCGUUGGGAUGGCCUAUAAGAUGCCCCACUUGUCUAGCUCUUUCAAAACACCAUUCGCAAAGCUUAGAAUUUCCUACAUCGAUCAUUCUUCUGCAAUCGGUCACUCACUUUCCUGUUACGUUUUUUGCUGUUUUUUGAAUUGGUAUCUGGUAACUUGAACAGAAAUGGCUGAGGAAGUGCAACACCAUACCCACCAACAAAGCGAUGAGUGUGAGAGCACCAUUAAGAUUGAGGAGGUUGGAGUUGAAACCAAAGAUCGUGGGUUGUUUGAUUUCCUGGGGAAGAAGAAAGAGGAAGAACAGAAGCCUCAAGAGGAGGUGAUCAUCGCCUCGGAGUUCGAGAAGGUUCAUGUGUCUGAGCCUGAGCACAAGGAAAAAGUAGAAGAAGAAAAGAAGCAUGGCCUUCUGGAGAAGCUCCACCGAUCCAGUAGCAGCUCUAGCUCCUCGAGCGAUGAGGAAGAAGUGGAAGAGGGAGGAGAGAAGAAAAAGAAAAAGAAGUUGAAGGACAAGAUCAAGGGAAAGUUAUCAGGAGAUCACAAGGAAGAAGACAAGGCUGAGAAAUGCGACGAAGCAGUCCAUGUAGAGCCCACUCAUGAACCAGAGGAAAAGAAAGGGUUCCUAGAUAAGAUCAAGGAGAAACUACCCGGUGGGCACAAGAAGACAGAAGAGGUGCCUCCUCCUCCACCACCACCACCACCGGCGGCAGAGUACGCCUCCCCGGACGGCGAGGCCAAGGAGAAGAAGGGAAUUAUGGAGAAGAUCAAGGAAAAGCUUCCUGGGUACCACCCCAAAGCUGAAGAAGAAAAGAAAGAAUAAGAAAAAGGAAUGUGGAUCCUAAUGAGUAUACAGUGUUAUGUUUAUGAGAGUCAUGAUUGUGCUGUGUUUGGGUUGUAAUUUGAUUAUGGGUUUGUGUUACUUUUGCAUUUUUUUGUUUUCUUUGCUUUGAUUUUUUUGCUUUAAUACGCUUAUAUCAUGUGUAAGUUUGUUUAUUUGAUGUUUUUUUGUGUUCCUAAUCCUAUAGAGGAGGUUUUCUACUUUUCUUGUCCAUAGUUUUGUGUGUGUGCAAGCCACCGAUAUAUUAAAGCAGCGGAGGAAUGUUAUAUGGACUUAAUUUAGGGUUUUGAUUUUAAUGCAAUCAUUAAAUUAUUUGUUUAGAGUCAACUAAUAAUUGUAUUAAAUUAGGUUCAAAUAAUAUUUUCUUACAAGAAAUAGAUUGAUUACUUCCUUUGUUUGUA